CUGCGGAACCCGGAAGUGUUAGUCAGUACGUGGCCUUUUCAGCUUCGCCUUUACGAACCGAACCCGCCGCAAAAUGGAGCUCGAGGCCAUGACCCGUUACACGAGCCCGGUGAACCCGGCCGUGUUCCCACAUCUCACCGUGGUCCUGCUCGCCAUCGGCAUGUUCUUCACCGCGUGGUUCUUCGUUUAUGAAGUGACGUCCACGAAGUACACGAGGGACGUGUACAAGGAGCUGCUCAUCUCUCUGGUGGCGUCGCUCUUCAUGGGCUUCGGCGUUUUGUUUCUGCUUCUCUGGGUCGGCAUCUACGUAUGAAGUUUUAUUUUUCCUGAAGACAACAUUCCAGCGGUGAGAACGUCACAGAACGUCACAGAACAUGGAUCUAUUGAAGCGACGGCACUGACUCUGUUUUGGGAUCAUACGGACUGAUUUUUUUUCCUAAGGAAAUUAAAAAAUUUGUAAUAAA